UACGGAAAACGGCAGCGUGGCCUCUCUCAGGUUUCUCUCUGCUAUAAGUAUUAUAUAAUUACAAAAUAUGUACUCAUAUCAGUCGCUACAUUAUACGACAAAUGCAAAUUUAUAAAUGUAUGUAGGUUCAUAUAUCGCGAUUUGUAUAUAAUUUUCAAAGCUAAGCAGUUUUAUUUUCCUAGUGAAUAUCUUUGCCAUUCUAAGGUUACGUUCGAAAACGUUACUCUUGAAUCACACUGACUCCCCUUGCUUUUUCGGCGAGUGGUUUCGUGGCACACUGGUGGUACUCGUUCAACGUUUUCGAACGAUUCACCCGAAUGCACGUUAAGUACCACUAACGUGUUUCCGAACGGUUAUUGUGUGUUGGUGUGCACACAGUGUGUGUUUCCGAACGCACCAUACACAUAGAUGUGGGUUAAAAUCUCGUUUCGCGUGGAAAGUUGUGAAUGUAACCUGAAAAGUUGUUAACUUUAACGAUUAAUAUCUCGCUUCGCGGGGCAGAGCGACACUUUUUUCUGUCAGAUUCUUUUGUUUUGGACAAAAACGCGUCUAAUGAAUAUAAAUUUAUAAAAAUUGGAGUUUUGAUAAAGAGAGGAAAGAUUAACACUGUGAUUGUUGAAGCAAAUUGCAAAAUGAGUAAAUAUGUGAAUUUGAUGAAUAUAGGCACUAAUUAUGCCAUACGUAUGAAUCGUCUGAGUAAUCGAAUCUUUGGAGAAGUUGUCAGAUCAACCAAUAACAAAUCAAUGAAAAUCAUGAAGCUAUUCAGCGAGAGACCAGUGAAUAAACGACCUGAGAUUGUACAAUAUUAUCCAAGAUAUGAGCAGACAGAUAAAUUAAUGACUUAUCUGCGAGAUUAUGGCCUUUUCAGAGAUGAGCAUAAGGAUUUCAAGGAAGAAUAUACACGUUUGAGAGCCCUGCGUGGUAAAACUAGGUGGAUAGCACCUCCCUUCAGGAACAAAGAUAAUUCAUCUCCAAAUAGUUCCUAGAUUUAUAAGUGUCAAUUUUAUUAUGAAGCAUAUAUUUUAUUUGUACAUAAUAAAGUAGAAAACUUAGUAUA